AUGUUGCUUUUUUCUGCACGUGAGGCGGCCGAAACGGGUCACCAGCAGCUCUACUGGAGCCACUCAAGGAAGUUUGGGCAGGGGUCCCACUCCUGCCGCAUGUGCUCGAACCGCCAUGGCCUGAUCCGCAAGUACGGGCUCAACAUGUGUCGGCAGUGCUUCUGCCAGUACGCCAAGGACAUCGGCUUCAUCAAGUUGGAUUAAGCACCUGGCUACCACGAUGGCUUGAAGAGGACUGCAGACUUGGAAGCUUUGGCCUGAUGAGCCUCCCCUGCCAGACAUGCUUUU